CUCCACAUAGCUUCUCUUGCCGGGCAGACAGACGUGGUGAAGGAGCUGGUCACACAUGGAGCCAACGUCAACGCACAGUCUCAGAAUGGCUUCACUCCUCUGUACAUGGCGGCGCAGGAGAACCACAUGGACGUGGUUCAGUUCUUGUUGGACCAUGGCUCAAGUCAGAGCAUCGCCACAGAGGAUGGAUUCACUCCUCUGGCUGUGGCGUUGCAGCAGGGUCACGAGCAGGUGGUUUCUCUCCUGCUGGAAAACGACACAAAGGGGAAGGUCCGGCUGCCUGCGCUGCACAUCGCCGCACGAAAAGACGACACCAAGGCCGCAGCGCUGCUCCUCCAAAGCGACCACAAUGCAGACGUGGAGUCAAAGAUGAUGGUGAAUAGAACAACAGAGAGCGGCUUCACUCCUCUGCAUAUCGCGGCUCACUACGGAAACAUCAACGUAGCAACACUCCUGCUGAACAGAGGGGCAGCUGUGGACUUCAAGGCAAGGAAUGACAUCACACCGCUGCACGUAGCAUCCAAACGUGGAAACGGCAACAUGGUGCGACUGCUGCUGGAGAGAGGGGCCAAGAUAGAUGCUCGGACCAAGGACGGUCUGACUCCUCUGCACUGCGGAGCGAGGAGCGGCCAUGAGCAGGUGGUGGAGAUGCUGCUGGACAGAGGAGCUCCGAUACUGUCCAAGACAAAGAACGGCUUGUCUCCGCUCCACAUGGCGACGCAGGGCGACCACCUGAACUGCGUCCAGCUGCUGCUGCACCACGAGGUGCCUGUGGACGACGUGACCAACGACUACCUGACGGCGCUGCACGUGGCCGCACACUGCGGACACUACAAGGUGGCCAAGGUGAUCGUGGACAAGAAGGCCAACCCCAACGCUAAGGCUCUGAAUGGUUUCACUCCUCUGCACAUUGCCUGCAAGAAAAACAGAGUCAAGGUGAUGGAGCUGCUUCUGAAGCACGGAGCGUCUAUACAGGCUGUCACAGAGUCCGGUCUGACUCCGAUCCACGUCGCAGCUUUUAUGGGACACGACAACAUCGUGCACCAGCUGAUCCACCACGGGGCUUCACCAAACACCAGCAACGUGAGAGGAGAGACAGCGCUCCACAUGGCAGCGCGGGCCGGUCAGUCCAACGUGGUCCGGUAUCUGAUCCAGAAUGGAGCGAGAGUGGAUGCAAAAGCCAAGGACGACCAGACUCCGCUGCACAUCUCCAGCCGCCUCGGUAAGCAGGACAUCGUCCACCAGCUGCUGGGAAACGGAGCGUUCCCAGACGCCACGACCAGCUCUGGAUACACGCCUCUACACCUGGCUGCCAGGGAGGGACACAGAGACCUGGCUGCUAUUCUGCUGGACCAAGGAGCCAGUCUGGGCAUCAUUACCAAGAAGGGCUUCACUCCUUUGCAUGUGGCGGCAAAAUACGGCAAAAUGGAGGUCGCCAACCUGCUGCUGCAGAAAAACGCUCCGCCCGAUGCUGCCGGGAAGAGUGGACUAACUCCACUGCAUGUGGCAGCUCACUAUGAUAACCAGAAGGUGGCGCUGCUCUUGCUCAAUCAGGGAGCCUCACCGCAUGCUGCUGCGAAGAACGGUUACACACCGCUCCACAUCGCAGCCAAGAAGAAUCAGAUGGAUAUCGCCACCACGCUGCUGGAGUACGGCGCCUCAACAAACACAGUUACACGCCAGGGAAUCACUCCUCUGCACCUCGCCGCUCAGGAAGGAAACGUGGACAUCGUGACGCUGCUGCUGGCUCGAGAUGCUCCAAUAAACAUGGGAAAUAAGUCUGGUCUGACUCCGCUCCACUUGGCCGCACAGGAGGAUAAAGUCAACGUGGCUGAGGUCUUAGUCAACCAGGGAGCAACGGUCGACCCUGAGACCAAGCUGGGAUACACUCCUCUCCAUGUCGCCUGUCACUAUGGCAACGUUAAGAUGGUCAACUUCCUGCUGAAAAAUCAGGCAAAGGUCAACGCCAAGACGAAGAACGGUUACACACCUCUCCAUCAGGCCGCACAGCAGGGACACACGCACAUCAUCAACCUGCUGCUACAUCACGGAGCGUCGCCCAAUGAGCUCACAGCUAAUGGGAACAGCGCUCUGUCGAUCGCCCGGAGGCUCGGAUACAUCUCUGUGGUCGACACACUCAAAGUGGUCACGGAGGAAACUCUCACCACUCAGACUGUGAUGGAGAAGCACAAGAUGAACGUUCCAGAGACCAUGAACGAGGUGUUGGACAUGUCCGACGAUGAAGUCUGUAAAGCCAAUGUCCCCGAAAUGAUCACAGAGGACUAUAUAUCUGAUGUGGAAGAAGGUGAUGAUGCAAUGACGGGGGAUACAGACAAAUACCUGGCCCCCCAGGAUCUGCGCGAACUGGGGGACGACUCGCUCCCGCAGGAGGGCUACAUGGGCUUCAGCGUUGGUGCUCGUUCACAGAGCCUGCGUUCCUUCAGUUCUGAUAGGUCCAACACGCUGAACCGGAGCUCGUUCACGCGCGACAGCAUGAUGAUCGAGGAGAUCCUAGCGCCCAGUAAGGAGAUGCAUUUGGCCGCGGCUAAGGACAAUGACAACGACUCUCUGAGGAGGUACAGCUGGACUGCGGACGCACUGGAUAACGUCAACCUGGUCUCCUCACCGAUACACUCCGGGUUCCUGGUCAGCUUCAUGGUGGACGCCAGGGGCGGCUCUAUGAGAGGAAGUCGCCACAACGGCAUGCGCAUCAUCAUCCCGCCGAGAAAAUGCACGGCGCCCACCAGGAUCACCUGCAGGCUGGUCAAGAAACACAAGCUGGCGUCUCCUCCUCCCAUGGUGGAAGGAGAAGGCCUGGCCAGCAGACUGGUGGAGGUCGGCCCAGCAGGAGCUCAGUUCCUCGGGCCUGUGAUUGUGGAGAUCCCACACUUUGGCUCGAUGCGGGGCCAGGAGAGAGAGCUGAUCCUGCUGCGCAGUGAGAACGGAGAAUCCUGGAAGGAGCAUCUGUACGACUACAAGACGGACGACCUCAAACAGCUGCUCAGCGGGAUGGAUGAAGAGCUCGACAGUCCUGAGGAGCUGGAGAAGAAGAGAAUCUGCCGCAUCAUCACCAAGGACUUCCCUCAAUACUUUGCUGUAGUGUCCAGAAUCAGACAGGAGACCAAUCACAUGGGACGAGGCGGGACUCUGUGCAGUCGGAGCGUCCCAUUGGUUCAAGCUUCCUUUCCAGAGGGGGCUUUAACCAAGAAGAUCAAAGUGGGACUACAGGCUCAGCCAGUACCCGACGACACCGUUAAGAAAAUCCUCGGCAACAGAGCGACCUUCAGCCCCAUCGUUACCGUGGAGCCCAGAAGAAGAAAGUUCCACAAGCCCAUCACCAUGACAAUCCCAAUCCCGCCCCUCUCAGGGGAGGGGCUUACCAACGGCUACAAAGGAGACUGCACUCCAUGCCUCCGCCUUCUCUGUAGCAUUACAGGCGGUACGUCCCCGGCUCAGUGGGAAGACAUCACCGGUACGACUCCUCUCACCUUCGUCAAUGACUGCGUCUCCUUCACCACCAACGUCUCGGCCAGGUUCUGGUUAGCGGACUGUCACCAGAUCCCGGAGACGGUGGGCUUGGCCACGCAGCUGUACAGGGAGCUCAUCUGCGUGCCGUACAUGGCCAAGUUUGUGGUGUUCGCUAAGAUGAACGACCCCGUGGAGUCCAGGCUGAGGUGUUUCUGUAUGACCGACGACAAGGUGGAUAAGACUCUGGAGCAGCAGGAGAACUUUGAGGAGGUGGCCAGGAGCAAAGACAUAGAGGUUCUGGAGGGUCGGCCCAUCUAUCUGGACUGCUAUGGAAACUUGGCUCCUCUGACCAAAGCUAGUCAGCAGUUAGUUCUUAACUUUUACGCCUUCAAGGAGAACCGUUUACCCUUCUGUGUCAAGGUGAGAGAUCCCAGCCAGGAGCCCUGCGGUCGUCUUACGUUCCUUAAGGAAUGUAGGACGGCAAAGGGCCUCCCGCAAACCGCCGUGUGCAACCUUAACAUCACACUUCCUGCUAUGAAAAAGACUGAAAAGCCAGAGCGACGUCAUACCUUUGCAUCCCUAGCCUUACGUAAGCGCUACAGCUAUCUGGCCGAGCCUGCACUGAGCCCUCAGAGUCCCUGUGAGAGAACAGACCUCCGCAUGGCGAUAGUAGCCGACCACCUCGGACUCAGCUGGACUGAGCUGGCCAGGGAGCUGGAUUUCUCUGUGGACGAGAUCAACUUCAUCAGAGUGGAGAACCCCAACUCCCUGACAGCACAGAGCUUCAUGCUCCUAAAGAAAUGGGUGCACAGGGACGGUAAAAAUGCCACAACGGACGCUCUAACCGCGGUGCUGACUAAGAUCAAUCGGUUGGAUAUUGUGACUUUGCUGGAAGGGCCCAUAUUUGACUACGGUAACAUUUCAGGCACACGCUGCUUUGCCGAUGAUAACGCAGUAUUCCCGGAUCAGUCCGAUGGAUACCACAAUAUAGAUCUGGAGCUGAAAACCCCCUCAGACCUGAACUUCCAGCCCCCCACCCCUCUGCGCUCAGACGACUUCUUUAGCGAGGCUGAUUUUAGCGCAGACUCCCCUAGCAAGAACACGCUAACUAGACCUAGUGACCUCUCGCUCACUCAGACCACCAGUACCUCCAGCAGCGAUCCGGUCACAGUCGCCCCAGCCCCUGGAUCCGGCGCCACAGGGCCCCCUAUUGUCGGGGCUGAAGAUACAGCCUUGACCUCUGGAGAACGGCUGAUGCCUGCAGAAAAAAUGUCAGGGUUGGCUUCCUAUGAGAGGCCUGAUAACGAAAGAAGGGCGGUAGAGAAAUCAGGAAAUGGAACAGACGAGCAAGCCGAGGCCUUAGAGACAGAAAUUAGGGCAGGAAAUGGCGUCGUUUUGGAGCGUCAGGUAGAAAACCAAAAAGACGAGGCGGCUUCUGGUCAUGAAAAUGGAAGGCAGGAAGAGGAAGAGGAAGAGGAAGAGGAAGAAGAGGAGAUGACCCAGGAGAGGCUGCAGAGUCUGCUGGAGGACAUAAAGCUGGAGGGAGGCUUGGAGGACGAGGAUAUGACAGAGGAGAGGGUGAAUGCCAUCCUUGAACAAGUACGGCAAGCAGAGAAAGACAUGUGUUCAGUUUCAGGCUGGAGAAGUGAGACCUCCGGCGCAAUCGGCGAGUCAGCAGGCCCCGCCGCUGAGGAGGGCAGCCCUGACAGUCUGGCUGAUUCAUUGGAGCAGCCCCCAGCUCAGGCCGAGAGACUGAACGGAGGUCACAGUGAAGCGGGAAAGGAGAAGGAAGCCAAGAGGAAAGGAUCUCGGGAGGACAGCAGCACAGCCGGACCAAGCGGAGUACAGGAUGAGGGAGGAGAAAGGUCCCAGCACAAAGUCCAGGGCGAGGAGGCUAAAAACAUUCCUGGAGAGUCUGUGACCGAGGAGCAGUUCACAGACGAAGACGGGAAUCUGGUCACCAGAAAAGUGAUCAGAAAGGUGGUGCGCCGUGUUUACAACUCUGAGGAAAGAAAGGAGAGUGAGAGCGACACUCUCACAGAAGAAGGAGUUGGUGUUGGUUCAGGAGCAGGGGAGCUGCUCCUUCAGCAGCAGGAGGAGGCGGAGCCACAGGGGGGAAGGGCAAGAAGAAGGGGAAGCGUUCCAAACAAGGCAACAAGGCCGAGAAGUCUGGAGAGGAGACCCAGAGAGGGAAAUCAGAGCCUGGAGAUGGUGCCAACAAGAAACAAGGGAAGAAGAGUCAAUCAUAACAGCAGAGCGCUCAUCUGAACCAGGUCCACUGACGUCCACUUGCGACACCACACACACAUCCUGGGAGGGAAAAACGGACUGGGAGCCUCGUCAACUCGGCCAAAAUCGUGUCUGAAGCUUUCACUUUACAACGCAUGAUUUUCAGCAAGACAACGCAACAACAAGAGUUACUUUUCUUUGAUUUCGCAUGAGCAUGUCACUCAAACUCACACACACUGUUGGAAACAACGUGGAAGGACACGCAUGGACGUGACCUUGAACUUUUUAUCUUCGACGAGACGGAAAGGGGCGUCUGUGACCAAAGAUGGCAGAAACAGAAAAACAGGAAUACGUGUGAUUCAUUCUCUCAAGACACUCGCCUUACAUGGUCUAUUUUUUCCUCCUGGACCCCACAGUAUCGGGGGUGCACCGUGUGGUUCUUUUUUAAAAAAGAUGAUAGUAGAUGGGUGAUUUUUGUUGUAUAUAAAUGACACUGUAAAAAAAAAAUCAACAACAAAAAUAAAAGAAUCAGUAGCUUCACAGAUUGUUUAUGCACUGAUUAGCGUUGAAGCUUCGCGGCGUCUGUGCGUUUGUAUCGAGAGGUCGACGCAGUUCGAGGCAGCCUCGACUGUGUGCCUGACGUGCUCUUCCACAUGAAUUAAAAGGAACAACAACAAAAAACGCUGUUUGUUAACGAACGGAGGAGAUGGAAAAAAAAACUGCUCGAUUUGGACGUUUCUUUUAAGCCAACUGUUCUGCUCCUUGGUGGAAAAAGAUAUUCUGCUGCAUGUGACGUCACUUUAUUUCUAACGCCUUCGUUUUAUUUUGCUCCCGAUUCUAAAAGCACUGUAAUACAACAAGAGAAGGCGGCCAUGGUACUUCUGUCUGUGUGAGCACUCAUUAUAACCCAAUCAUCCGUCUAAUGUAACUGAUUUUUACAGACAUGAAAUCAUACUCUUAACGCUGACAGACUGAAACUUUGAUUAAUCACAAAUCAGCUAGCAGCCCCUGUGUGUGUGUGCGUUUGUGUGUGUGUGUGUGUGUGUGUGUGUGUGUGUGUGUGUGCAGCAAUCAAUUAAAAAUGUCCUCAUCCAUACUGGAAGUCCAAGCUUUUAGUUCUGCUGUGGUUUUAAAAAAAGGGGACUGUUUUAUUUUGAUGGUUUGAUUCCUUUUAUUUAAUUGAAAAGCCUGUAAUAACAUGAGAACAGAGAAUCUCGUUUUUAGCUCCUUUUUACAAACUAAAAUCACUAAAAUCACAGUAUUGAUCACAAGCUGUUCAUUUUCUCUUCAUGUGUAGAUCUUCUUUUUUUUCUUCUUUUCUUUUCUGUUUUGUCUUUUUUCAUACAAAAACCACCCGAGUCAUCUGUCGUUGAUGAUUAAUCUGGUACCAACAUGUAUGACGAACCAACAUAGCCUACACUGGAUGAUCCAAGUAAUAAUUAUUUAAGCAGAAAAAUAAAUUGUUUAAACUGAA